GUGGGUAGAAGUGUGAGCAGAUGAACAGAAGCAAAGUUGCAAUGAAACGCUAACGCACUUCACUAAGGACUAUUUAUUCUCUUUGUUGUUUUAAUCAGGAAAUAAAUAGCGUGACUGGAUCUUUUGAAAUUUGGUGUUUCAGGUGACAAAAAAGACUUAACAUUUUUGUUUUCAGGGUUCUCCCGAGUUAAUCAUAUUUAACUUUGCUACGAAAUUAAGCAUAAAACAGGUUAAAGAAGAGAAAGAGAACAACCGUAUUAAACAGGAAAUGGCAGAUAAAGGUCCUUUUACUAUUUGUUUCCUUUCACUGUUAGGUAUGGUCAGCGCUACUGAAGAUAGAGGCUCAUGCUAUGGAAUAAGCCCUGCCACCAUAGCAGGUAUUAUAUUUGCUGAUGUUGCCCUGACGGUACUCAUUGUUACUACAACAUAUUGGUAUGCCAGCAAACGCAGACAAAAGAAAGAAAAGGCUGACGAAGUCUACAUGAAUGUCAGAGCAAACUGCAAAUCAUGAACAUCUUUGGAAAAUUGACAUGAACGAUGAAAAAGUCUUUUUUUAUAAUAGUAAAUAACAUGAUAAUAGAAUAAUAUUUUAACUGUGUCCAUUCCAUAAUUGCCAUGUAAAAUAACAAGCAACACCUUGUUUUGCCAUGUUUGUGUAAUUAAAAAAAACUUGAUUAAUGAAUUGGUGUAUGGAUUUGCUUAAAG